AUGGACCCUAGAGUGAGUAGCGUUCGUGCCAAUGGGGAUGAUGGGGCAGGCUCCUCUGGUGUAGGUGGUGGGGAUUCAGACGUAGUUUUGCGUAGUGUGGCUCAGCAAGUUAUGACUGAGAUUGUGCGAACUUCUAGGGAGCAAGGAGACCCAUCGAAAAACCAAGGCUAUAUCAUUGAGAAGUUUACUAAAAUGAAUCCUUCGGCGUUCUCAGGAGGAGCAGAUCCUACAGUGGCCGAAAACUGGAUGCAGGAGAUGGAGAAAAUAUUGACGAUGCUCCACUGUACAGAUGAACAGAGAGUUCUCUAUGCUACCUAUAAAUUGACAGGUGAGGUCGAGAGAUGGUGGACGACUAGUAGAUUAUUGGAGAAGCAGAGACAGGUACCAGUAGUUAUGACCUUGUGCAGAUUUAAAGAAAUUUUCUUUGAUCGUUACUUUCUCACCACCGUCAAAGAAGCUAAGGUAGCGAAAUUUUUGAAAUUGACCCAAGGUAAUCUCACGGUCCAACAGUAUGCGGCGAAGUUUGUUGAGCUAUCACACUUUGCCCCCUAUAUCAUCCCAAAUGAGGUGAAAAAGGCAAGGAUGUUCGAGAGGAGUUUGAGGGCCACAAUAGCAGAGGAGAGUAGCCCAAGGGAUGCGGGAACCCUGAGUCAGAGAAAGAGGCCUACACCUCCGAAUUUCCAGACAGGGUCCAACCAAGUCCCUUGGAGAGGGGACAGACAUAGCAGAGUUCAGAGAUAG